CGACCAGGAUCAACAUUUGAGCAGCAGAACAACGACAAAAUGUUGAAGCAGGCCAAACCCAAGAAUGCCCGCGCAAAGCGCGCAAUGGCAAAGCGCGAGCCGCAACAACACGAGAACCCCAAGACGACGCUCUUCGUCCCGGGCCAGCGCACCUCUCAAAUCCUCAAACUCGCCGUCGCCGACCUCGUCAUUCUCAAGAACCCCUUCGUCGAGCGCUUCACCAAGAAAAACGACAUCCACCCCUUCGAUGACGCCUCCUCGCUCGAGUUCUUCGCCCAAAAGAACGAUACUUCCCUCCUCGUGCUAUCGCUGCACUCCAAGAAGCGCCCGCACUGCCUCACGCUCGCCCGAACAUUCUCCUACAAGCUCCUCGACAUGCUCGAGCUCUACAUCAACCCCGACACCUUCCGCACGCUACAGCAAUUCAAGAACAAGAAGCCGUCGAUUGGACUGAAGCCGCUCCUCAGCUUCCACGGCACCGUCUUCGAAGACCCCACGCAGACAAAGUACACGCUUGCCAAAUCUCUCUUCAUCGACAUGUUCAAGGGCCAAGACGCCACGGAAAUCGACGUCGAAGGCUUGCAAUACCUAAUCUCCUUCUCCGCAGAGGAACCCACAGACGCGCUGCCAAAACCCGAGAUCAAACUGCGCUGCUACCUCCUCCGCACCAAGCGCUCGGGUCAGAGACUGCCGCGCAUUGAAGUCGAGGAGAUGGGGCCGCGCAUGGAUUUCACACUUGGUCGCGAAAUGUUCCCAGACCCUGAUAUGAUGAAGCAGGCGCUGAAGAAGCCAAAGGGCGCGGAACCUAGGACCAAGAAGAAUAUCGAUAUGGAUGCCAUGGGUGAUCGUACCGGUAAGGUGCAUGUGGGUAAGCAGGACUUUGGCAACUUGCAGACGAGGAAGAUGAAGGGACUGAAGCGUUCGAGGGGCGAGAAGGAAGAUGAGGAGGUGGGUGUGGAGGAUACGGCGAGUGAGGCUGACGAUGAGGAGAAGACACCUAAGAAGUUGAGGGUCUGAUCUUCCCAUCUUGCGCUGGGCAAAUGCGAUGGAUGGAGAAAAGAAAGAGCUCGAGAUGUAUAUCUUGCAUGGGGCGGCGUUACAACGGUAUCUACGGCGUUUUCCAUGUUUACAUAUGUUUGCAACGAACGAGAGAAGACUAUACCAAUCCGUCUCAUAUCUAGCGCGCUUUAGGCAUCUACGAAAAGAAAAAAGUCGAUUAACAUUUCUUUAUUG